AUGUCUUCGAGUCCGUCUUCGUCGUCACCCGUACCGUUUGCAAUGUCGUCGGCUCCAGCAAGUACAGCUGCCUCAUCACCUCCCCCUAGUGAAGAAGGAAAAGCACAGAAGAGCACACGCGAGUCCUCAGAGAUAUUAGAAACAAUAGAAGACGAGGAAUUUCAAGAACGCUUCUCCCGCCUCGAACGCCUCCUCGAGAAGUCUUUUACAUAUUCCAAACUUUUAGGGGCGCAGAUGGAUAAGGAAAAGCGUGCAUGUGCACUCCGAGCCGCCAUGCAAGCUGCUGCACCCUCAAAACCAGAGUCUUCAAGAAGGCGCCUUCCGAGGCGUGGCAAGAAACGCUCACGCGUAGAGGAGUCAGAUGAGGAGGAGGCGCCUCCUGUGAAACCACCGAUUCAGGAACCUCCUGUAGUUGAAGGAGAGAAUGGGCAGCGCCCGAAGUUCCCCCAGCCUGCAUUAGUCACGGGGGCAAAGUUGAAGGAUUAUCAAUUAGAAGGAGUGGAGUGGAUGGUUAGUUUGGAUAAGAACGGCGUUUCUGGUAUCCUUGCGGAUGAGAUGGGUCUAGGCAAGACCCUUCAAACCAUUGCAUUCAAUGCACACCUACGUGGCCUCGGUCAUUAUCAACCCUUCCUUAUAGUUUGCCCCUUGAGCGUCCUUCAUAAUUGGAUAGAGGAAUUUCAGAAAUUUGCGCCUACUAUACCCGUUUGCAUGUACCACGGCACGCCAGCUGAGCGUGCUGAUAUUCGCCGGACUGUCAUGCGAGCACCGGAUGCUCAAGAAGCGGCUGAUGACGAAGUUAUGGUCAAAACGCCACGCAACCGGAAGGGCAAGGGCAAGAAAGCGCCUGCCCGUAAAGCUUCUGCGCCGAAGCGUAAAACAAAAGGCAGACCUACUAAGAGACGUAAGACAGACGUCGAUGAGGACGAUGGUUCACAGGCAGAUGAAGACGAUGAAGACACCUCAGAUGUUGAAGACAACCGUAUACCCACUACUAGCGAUACCCUCCCCCCGCAGACCCCUGCUUCUUUCCCGGUUGUUGUCACCACCUACGAAAUGAUUCUUAAAGACCGUAUACACCUUGCCACUUAUAAUUGGGGCUAUAUCGUUGUAGAUGAGGGGCACAGAUUGAAAAAUCUUGACUGCAAGCUCAUGCAGGAGAUCAAGAAAUACCCGAGCGCAGGUCGAAUGAUUCUGACUGGAACACCAUUACAUAAUAAUCUGGCAGAGUUGUGGUCAUUGUUGAAUUUUAUACUACCUGAUAUUUUUGACGACCUGGAUACGUUCCAGGAAUGGUUCAAUCUUGGAACCAUGCAAUCUCGCCUCUCUGAAGACCAAUCAUCUCAAUUGAUUGGCACCCUUCACGGCAUCUUGAAGCCUUUCCUCCUUCGACGACUCAAGGCAGAUGUCGAAGGCCUCCUCCCACCCAAGAAGGAAUAUGUUCUGUACGCCCCGCUUAGCGUGGGUCAGCGUGAUUUGUACGAUAACAUCCUGGACGGGUCGUUACGAGACUUCCUUCUUGGCAUUUCCAAAAAAGCAGCAGUUGAGAAGGUCGGUGAGAUCGACCUGGAUGGGCCGAUGAAGCUCCGGAAGCAGAAAAAGACACGAUACGACCUUGAUGGCAACGAUGACGAGUACUUUGAGAUGCUCGAAGACGGUGGAGGGGCCAAAGUUAAGGAGUCAAAGGAGGAUGUCUCUGAGCUAGCAAAACAGCAUCAGCAACUGGCGACUCGGAAGCAGAUCAACAACAUGAAGCUUCAGAACGUUGUCAUGCAGCUACGCAAAGUCUGCUCCCAUCCGUUUUUGUUCCACUGGCCUGUCGUCCCAGGUACUCAGGAGCUCGUGCUCGAUGAACAAUUGGUAAAUGCGAGCGGAAAGAUGAUGGUCCUCGAUCGUCUGUUAGACGAACUGUUCCGCAGGAAACACAAAGUUUUGCUGUUCAGUCAAUUUACCACCAUGUUAGAUGUCCUUGAGGACUGGGCUACCGAACUGAAAGGCUGGCCGAUAUGUCGAAUUGACGGGUCAACAGCACCUAUGGACCGCCGCGAGCAGAUGAACAAGUUCCAGCAAGGAGGCAACUCUCUUGACGCUCCGAAGUUGUUCCUCCUCAGCACUCGCGCAGGCGGCCUAGGCAUCAAUUUAACAGCGGCUGAUACGGUGAUAUUCUAUGAUCAAGACUGGAACCCGCAGAUGGAUAUCCAAGCUCAAGAUCGAGCACAUCGUAUCGGUCAGACGAAACCCGUUUUAGUGUUCCGACUUGUUACGGCGCAUACGAUUGAGACGAGGAUCAUGCACCGUGCGACUGAGAAGAGGAAGCUUGAGGCGCUUGUUAUAGCCAAGGGUUGGUCUACUUCGACUCCUGUCGUUUUGUCACUCACAUAUACCAUCGCAGGCAAAUUCAAGCUACCCGGACAAGGAGCACCUAAAUCAAACCCGCAAUCCAUGACAGAACUCGCAGCUGAUCUCUUAAAGCUAGAAGGCGAGCAGAUCGACGUGGUGACGAAUACGUCUGUGGAGGGUAAGAAACGGGUGUUGUCGGAUGAAGACCUCGAUAUGUUGCUUGAUCGGAGUGGGGCUGUGUUCACGGAUAGGAAGAAGGGAUGGAAGAGCGAGGAGAGUGGGGCUGGGAAGCGUGCGGCUUUUGCUGUGUAUGAGGCGCCUGUGCAUGAGGGGAAUGACUUGGUGGCGAAGAUUAUGGGGGAGGAUGUCGCUGAGUGA